CUGUCCCCCCGGAGUGACAGGCGGCGUCCCGAGUCUUCGUGCUAAUAAAAUGGCGACACGUAGCAGGGGCCGCCUGUGCCCCAGGGCAGGGGUCGUUGCUCCGGGAGGCGGCGGGCAGCGGCCCUCAGUGGGUCAGCCAUGGCGCCCUGGGGUUUACAUCCCUGCGCCCACAGUACCCUCCACCCCAGCCGCGGGGCGGUGGAUUGCGGAAGAGGAGUUUCCCCAGGCGAGGUCAUUAGGAAAUGGAAUUAGUCUAGAUGCAGUAAAUAGGAAGAAAUGGAAGAAAGGAAAAUCAAGAGGAGGAGCCCCAAAUCAUCUACCAGCCACCCUGCUCAGGUUGCUAACUCCAAGAAGAACUCAGUGCCAGUCAGUAAAAGUACAGCCUUUUCAAAUCCUGCACCACAGCCUGCAGUACAGAAACCAAAGUUAAAACGUGUAAUAAAAGAGAAAGCCAAACCUCCAGGGGGUGAAGCAAAAGGGGCACAGGCAGCACCAAUCCAGCAUUCUUUUCUCACAGAUGUAUCUGACGUGCAGGAAAUGGAGAGGGGACUUCUGAGUCUCCUGAAUGACUUCCACUCUGGCAAACUUCAAGCAUUUGGAAAUGAGUGUUCCAUAGAGCAGAUGGAGCAUGUGCGGAGUAUGCAGGAGAAACUUGCUCGCCUCAAUCUGGAGCUUUAUGGCGAGCUGGAAGAACUCCCUGAAGAUAAAAGAAAACUAGCCAGUGACUCCAACCUGGAUAGGCUGCUGUCAGAUCUAGAAGAAUUGAACUCAUCUAUUCAAAAACUACAUUUAGCAGAUGCUCAAGAUAUUCCAAAUGGUGCCACAGGCUGAAAGAACAGCUUUGUCAAUUUGGAUUCUCCCAGAAGCUUUUCUUUUGUUUUUCCUGACAGUGGAAUCUGGAACAGUUGCGGUUUUGUGGUGUUUGGUUUGUUGGUUUUGUUUUUUUUAAACUUCACACAAUGAAGAAUCAAAGUGCAAAUCCAAGCGUUUAUUUUUGCACAUUCCUCUUUGAGCACUGCAUAAUGUCAGGACUCAGUAUAUAGAGUUUGAUGUAGGCUAUUAUGUUGCUAUGCUUUUAUUAUUGCCUUAUUUAAUAGAAAAACUGGGGAAGCUUGGAAGUACAUUUCUUCUGCUUAGUGUUGUUCAUGUGUUUGAAAACAAUAUAAGUUCAUUAGCACUUCUCCAGUUUUUAUGAAGGUAGUGAUGAUGUUGCCUUUCUGAUCAGUAUCUAGACAAUCUGCACACUAUAUCUUCACUAUUUUGUUGAUCAGUGAUGCCACAGAUUAAUUUAUUGUUAAUAAAGUAAAAUAUUUUAAAUAUGUUUCAUUUAGAGAAGUUGCUAUCUGUUCAGCUGUGUUAAGAAGAUAAGAGUUCUUGCAUGGUCUGAAUGUUUGUAGAGUUUACUUUUUUUUUCAUUAUUGUGACUAAUGAAAUGUCACUAAAUUAGAACUAGCCUGCGUGGUAGCAGUCCACAUAAUUUGAUUAAAUAUUGUGAAAUUCCAAAACUGGGUAAACAGUUGUUCAAUAAAUCCAGUAUAUGCAA